AUGUAUGCCCUUGCUCCUGCUCCUUCGUCCGCGGCGCUAACUCCUUCAUCGGAACACCGCGGGGCCAUCCAUCACCUGCCCCAUGCCGAUCACGCACACCCAACGGGCUCACCGACUGAGCUCGCCCUCCCCAACCUAUACCCAUCCUACUAUUUGUACGGGUCGGCCGGCUUGAUGACAAUUCUCCGAUGCGUCGACCGUCUUGGCUGUUAUACAGACUUCUUGGCCACCGUUGCCAUCCAUCAACAUCGUUUUGUCUAUAUUGGUUCGCCGGUGUUCCUGCGUCUGGCCCACGUCCUCCACGCCAUGUCCUCCCACACAACAUCCACCAUUCGAAUGAGAUAA